AUGUCCAAUCCUUUGCAACUCAAGUCAUUGAAUCAUAUCUCAAUUGUGUGUGCAUCACUGGAGAAGUCCGUUGAGUUUUACGUGAACGUUCUUGGGUUUUCUCCUAUCAAGAGACCUAGUUCGUUAGACUUCAAUGGAGCAUGGUUAUUCAACUAUGGCAUUGGAAUACACCUUCUCCAAUCAGACGACCCACAAGGCAUGCCCAAGACUACUCCCAUUAAUCCUAAGGACAAUCACAUUUCUUUCCAAUGUGAAAGUACAGUAGCCGUGGAGAAAAAACUGCAGCAAAUGGAGAUAGAGUACGUGAAGAGCAGAGUAGAGGAAAGUGGAAUCUACGUUGAUCAGCUAUUCUUCCAUGACCCAGAUGGCAUGAUGAUUGAAAUCUGCAACUGUGACAACAUCCCUGUGGUGCCUUUAUCAGAGAACAAAGUACGGUCAUGCUCACGCUUCAAUUGCAAUAUUCCAAACCGGCACCCGCAAAUUCAACAGAUGAUCCCAAUGUAG